UGUCAUGCUUUCAGGCUACGCGUUUUACGGGAAAGUAUGUACUUCGGAGUCCAUGUCUAUUGCUGAAGACAAAUUUAACUUUCUGUCUAUUGUGACAGCAGCACACGAACUUGGUCACAGUCUAGGUGGCGUGCACGACGGUGAAACGGACGAUGCCAACUGUAGGGAUGAAGAUGGUUACAUUCUUUCCUCUAUAAAUGCAGUAUAUACAGAUUCCAAGGCCACGCAUCCAUGGAAAUUUUCACCUUGCUCCGCUGCGGCAUUUACUACAAAACUGGCAGAAUUGCAAGCGUCAGGCAAUAACUGUUUGAGGCGAGAUGACACCGAUCCGUUGCUACUGCCAACCGGAAUUCCGCCAGGGCAAAUGUUUCCGCCGGAUAAACAAUGCAAAUUAAUGUUUGAUGACGAAUCAGUCAUGUGGCGCCAAAGGCAUGAUGGCGCAUUUGACAGAAUGUGUACCGCUAUGGCUUGUACGCAACUAGGACUGACGAAGAUAACGUUUGUUAUACCAGGGGAUGGUACGACCUGUGGAGAUAAAAAGUGGUGCUGGAACGGCAAAUGUGUUUAUUCCGAAGAAGCUCCGCCAGCUAAUGACACCUGUUUACACGGAGACCAAACUGGAGCAUUUAUUAGUGGCUCGACAUGCGCCGAAACACUAGCAGGCGACAACAUAUGGAAAUGUUAUCAAGCAAAUAUAGAACAGACGUGUUGUGGGACUUGUGCAGCUGGGAAUACAGGUCUAGAAGGAUGCGAAUACGGGGACGUCAGUGACUGCAGCAGCAUUAGUUCUGCUCAGUGCUAUAACGAGAAUAUAGCAAAAUCGUCUUGUUGCAAAACAUGUUACGACUUUGCGAAGUCGUAUACUAACUUACCAGCAGAAUGCAAAUAUGGGGAUAAAAAAGCAGGCUGCGACAAUUCGGUUGCGACUUGCACACAGUUCAUGUCUGACUGUUGUGCCUCCUGUACUGGUUUCACAAUGCCAUCUACAUCUUCGACAUCUACGACUACCUCAUCGCAGACAUCCGCCACAUCAGAUACAACCAAAAAAACUACACCGACGCAAGACGCGACAACUAAAACACCAGUCGAACAAGAUGGUUUACCUGACUGGGUACUUCCGGUGGCAGCUGGCGCAGGAGGGGUUCUAGUGCUCUCAAUUCUUAUCGGGCUUUGUACUUACUGCAUGAAACAGAGUUCCAAAAAAAAAUACAAGAGUGAGGAAGACAGGAGACAUUCAGGUGACAGACGGCGCAACACGGGGGAAAACAGAAGAGUAUCUGAAAAUGAAAGGCGCCGGUCAGAAGAAAACAGGAGAACAUCUGAUAAUAACAGAAGAAAUGAAAGACGGAGAUCGGAAGACACCAGGACAGAAAGAAGACGGGCAUCAGAAGAUUUAAGACCUCCAAGAAAUUAUAACAGAAGAUAUUCUACACCAAACGGAGCUUACAGAUAUUAGAAAAUAGUCUUUUUCUACUGUUAGGGUGAAUAAAACAUCUUCCGUAUCAGAACACAGGAUCAGCUUUCAUAAAGACACUACAGAAGUAUCUUUCAAUAUGAAAGAAAUGAAAUGUAAACGAAUUGAUUGUAUGUUACUGCUAUUAUUUAUUUUAAGUGCUCUACGUUUAUGUUAUUUAGAAUUAAAAAAAAAUUAUAUUGUUUAUUUAUCUCUCGAUAAACAGCGGGUAUUUUACGUUUGAAUAUUGUCAAGAGUUUUUUCUACACAUUUAACA